UGAGGAGGGAAAAACUUGAGUGCAAGUUACAAACAACAAUGGGCUCAAAUUGGGCCAACAUCUUUUCAAGCUUUCCUCGGCCCUUUGCAUGAAUCCAACGCCGGAAUCCUCCGGUGAAGAUUGAUCCCCACGUCGACGCCGGCGGCAACAUCAGCCAGAAUAAUUCUUUAAUCCAAAGUUUGAUUAUCUUCCCUCUCACCUCUACUGUACCUACGUGUAUGCACAUGCGCUCUCCUCACUGCUCCAGAUCCCAUCCAUCCUAGGUCAUCUGCUGCGGCGGCCUGAUUCUUUACAAGCGAAUAGCUGAAUAUGGGGAGCGAGGAGAAAUGGUGCGUGGUUACUGGAGGGAGAGGUUUCGCCGCACGACAUCUCGUUGAAAUGCUGAUCAAAUACAACAUGUUUUCCGUUCGAAUCGUUGACUUGGGCUCUUCCAUUGAAUUGGAAACAAGCGAGGAGCAAGGGACUCUCGGAGAAGCAUUGCGUUCUGGUCGUGCUCAGUACGUUUCAGCCGAUCUUCGGGACAAAGCUCAACUGCUCAAAGCGUUUGAAGGAGUGGAGGUUGUUUUCCACAUGGCUGCUCCGAAUUCAUCUAUUAACAAUUACAAACUUCAUUAUUCGGUCAACGUUGAAGGAGCCAAGAAUGUAAUUGAUUCUUGUGUCGAGCAAAAUGUAAAGCGACUAAUAUAUACUAGUUCGGCCAGUGUAGUAUUUGAUGGGAUAAAUGCACUUAUCAAUACGGAUGAGUCAAUGCCCUACGCAUCCAAGCAUAAUGAUUUCUACUCUGCUACUAAAGCUGAGGGGGAAGCUUUGGUUCUCAAGGCCAAUGGCAGAAAUGGACUUCUAACAUGCAGCCUAAGGCCCAGUGGUAUCUUUGGCCCUGGUGAUAGGUUACUGGUUCCAUCCCUAGUCGCCAAUGCAAGGGCAGGGAAAUCCAAGUUCAUUAUUGGUGAUGGCAAUAACACCUAUGAUUUUACUUAUGUUGAAAACGUGGGGCAUGCCCAUGUAUGUGCUGAACGAGCUCUAGCUGCAGGAGGAGUAAUUUCAGAAAGAGCUGCAGGGCAGGCUUAUUUCAUAACCAACAUGGAACCCAUCAAGUUCUGGGAGUUUGUCUCUCUUAUUCUGGAUGGUCUUGGCUAUGAAAGGCCAAGAAUAAAGAUCCCUGCCUGCAUAGUGAUGCCAAUUGCACAUAUGGUGCACUGGACUUACAAGCUUUUAGGUCCUUAUGGGAUGCCUGUCCCACAGUUCACACCUUCCCGUAUAAGACUUCUCUCUUGUUGUAGAACUUUUAAUUCCUCAAAGGCCAAGGAUCGACUUUUCUACACCCCCAUUGUUUCACUUCAGGAGGGUAUACAAAAGACAAUUGAAGCCUACUCCCAUUUAAAGGCUGAGCAUGAACAUAAAAGAGAAGGGCCAUCCAAAGCCUCAGUAUACCUCAGGGGAGGAACAGCUGCUGACAUUUUACUCUGGAAGGAUAAAAGGAAGACAUUGAUAGCAUUGCUAGUUUUGAUGGCUAUUUAUUAUAACUUCAUUACUCCCGAGUGUACCAUGAUCACUGCACUGUCAAAGCUUCUUAUGGUGGCAUUGAUAUUUCUUUUUAUUCAUGGGAGUUUACCAGAGAAAAUAUGUGGAUAUCGUGUCGAGAAACUUUCCGCAUCAUGUUUUUCCUUGUCAGAAGAGAGGUCACGAAGCAUUGCCAUCACUCUAACAUCGUUUUGGAAUUCUUUUGUUAGAAAUUUUAAAUCUCUUUCCAGAGGGAAUGAUUGGAUGCUCUUACUUAAGAUAGAGAUGUGCAGUACAAAGUUGCCCAAAAUAUUACAUGGGUGGACCUUCCCAUGCCCUUGUUGACGCCACACAAAGUUGAGUUUGCAUUCCUGUGCCAGCAUUGCAACUUUGUUCUUUUUUUGUUUUUUUUUUAAAUGAUUCCAUAGGUCUUUCUAAGAAAAGAGAGAAGGGGUAUAUAAGAACGGGAGAUGAGGUACCCCCGGAACCAAAUCUAAGCCGCUGAAUAAAGUAGGAAACUUAAUAAGCUUUCAACGUAAAGCACUCCACAAGCUUUAAAAGGUUAGAAAGAAACCUGUAUAAUUCUUCAAAAAUUAUAUAUAUAUAUAUAGAUAGAUAGAUAGAUAGAUAGAUAGAUAGAUAGAUAGAUAGAUAGAUAGAUAGAUAGAUAGAUAGAUGGAAUCAACAUCUUUCAGUGAGAAAAAAGAGAAAGACCAUAAGGGCAUACAAAAACACCCAUAAAACACCCAAUUGCAGAAGAGUUUCUAACUAAGAUUUACCUAGAGAAUAAUCAUAGAAAUAUGUAGAUUUAAUGGUAUAUCAUCUUAAGCUUACGGGUGAAAGUAGAUUUAAUGGUAUAUCAUCUAACACUGUUCACUUGUGGGCUUGAAAUAUGUAGAAGACUCAAUAAGUGGAAAUCAAUAUUAAUUGAGAAGGAAAUAACAUUGUUAGGGUUUGAACAUAGGAUAUUCUAGACCACUUGCUUUGAUACUAUCUUAAAUUGCCGAUUGAACCAAAAGCUCAAGCUUACUACUUUCGGAUGAAGGUAAAUUUUCUAUUAUACCAUCUAAGAAAAAGUUUUGAUAUAGAAGCUCAAAGUGAAACAUGAAACCUUACUUAGGACCAAAUCUCACCAGGAUCCCUAUACAAACCUCUUAUGCAUGCAAUAGAUCUUAAUGCUGCAGCUUGGUGUUCUUUAAAAAAGGAGUUCGCUAAUUAUUCCAUUCAAGGUAUUUACCUCAACUAGAAUGUCUUUCUUAAUCAAGCCUAACCGAUGCUGCAUCACUUUCUCUGCAUUGCAGUUUUCACUGUCUGAAGCUUUGAAGCUUUGAAGUUUCGGUCUUGUUUAAUUUUAAUUUUGAGAUUUUUCUUGGGUUUUUUCUGCAUUUUCCGUUCAUUUUUCCAGUUUUCUGGACUCU